AUGAGACUUGGUACUUCUCCAGAGGCGGGCUGCCUGCUAGCCUACACCGCAACGCCCAGAAUCAGCCCCCGGUGUUCAUCAGUAACCAGCCCGGCCUCGGAUCUGCUGUACUUCCUGUACUCGAGCGCCAGCGAAGACGUCCAUCGGCACCAUGUGGAGGACCUGCUGCGCGAGUACCACAACACGCUGGUGGGCCUGCUGCGGCGUCUGGGGAUGGAACAGCAGGCAGAGGCCUACACCUUCGAGGAGCUGAAGAAGGAAAUGGAUUACUGCUUAGUCAUCGGUGUUUACUACUGGAUCACGAGCGGAUUUGGCCUCACCUCCGAGGAACACGGCGCACAAUAUGGAUCUGAGACAAUUAACAACAUGGAAUUAUCAACUGAUACGCGAGUUCCGCCACCUUCAUGGUUAAAUCACGAUUUCAUAGAAUCUGUUUUGAAGAAAGCAGAACGAAAGGAAAUUACCGUUGACUCGAUGAAUGUCGAGUACGCAAAUGCUGAAGGACUUGGCUAUGGAAGUCUCAAGUUCAGACUCACUGUGUUCCUGAGCUAUGAAGGCAAUGAGAAGAUUCAGAAGAAAACCCUGAUAGUGAAAACAGUUCUUGAGUCUGGUCAGCUGAAGGAUCUGACAGAAAAAUGCGAUGUUUUCAAGGUCGAAGCAGAAAUGUUGUUCGAUGUCAUGCCAAAGAUCCAUGAGCAGUUGGCUGUGCUGGAGGGUGAAGAGUUCCGGCCACUGGGAGCCAGUUGCUACCAAUGGGGCCGGGAGCCCGCGACUUACAUCGUGCUGGAGGACCUCUCACCUACUGGCUUCAGGCUGGCUCAGGCUGGCCAACCGCUAGACUUGAAACCCUGUGCAGUGACGCUGCGAGCAUACGCUCGGCUGCACGCCGCUUCAGCCUACCUGCUCACUAAACAGCCCCGCUACAAGGAGAAGUUCUGUGUACACAUGUUCACAGAGGAAAACUUUCUGCAGCAUUUGGCACCUGGAGCCAAAAUAUCAUUCAAAGCACUAGCAAACGAGUUAGACAAAUGUUCUGGCUACGAGCAAUAUUCGGAAAGAUACAGGGUAUUGGCUGAAUGCUUUCUCGACGUUGCAUAUGAAAGAAUGGAGCAGAUCAAGACGCAAACAAAUCUUUCAGUUUUGACUCACGGUGACUGCUGGAAGAACAACAUGAUGUUUAAAUAUGUGAAUGGAGAAGUUUCAGAAGUCUGCCUGGUUGAUUUUCAGGUAAUGUCAUUUUAG